ACCAAAAGUACAGUCAUUUUAAUAUUCAUAAUAAAGGCUCUCCUGUCCUGUCUCUACCUUCGGACUACUGCUAUAUCGAUCCUGGCAAAAGUCGAUAUUGGGUACGGCCACUUCUUACAACAAGCUGCAGUCUAGUCGUACGAUCAUCUCGCGUGUUCCGGUCACGAUGUCUUGUUUUCAUCAUACGACAGUAGCCUACAGUACCAGCUCAACCAGCGCAACCCAACAGACGAGGGAGGAGAGGGAUGCUGCGCCUGUCGAAAUGUAUCGCGCUCCGUUUCAAUAUGUUACACAGAUGUAGGCUACAAUCUACUUGCUUAUGGUGACCUUGGUAUGAGUAUUAUUUUUGCAAUAACAUUGACUGACGCUGCGAUAUCGUGCGGCAGUAAGGAAUAUAUAUUUAUCCUGUUGUAGCCUCUCAGGACCGUUGUGCGAUGCGUCGCUGAUUUUUUUCUGCAUACAGGCUAUCCUUGAUAGAUUCGUCGUCUUUCGUCCUUGAUACAACGUUGUCGUCGGCAGAUAAUGUUGAAUUGAGCUCAAUUAUUGGACGAAUAGUAUAAAUGGUUUUGGAACAUUCCUGGAAAACAAUAAUGUAUGGAUCGAAGAACUUGUUUAUAGAUCUUAUGAAUUUCAUAUAGUAAUUCUGUGGGACUCCGUUCAAAAUUAUCUAAAAUAGCACGGGUGCAGGACAGGUGUGUCAUCAUGGAACCUACAGGCUCCACCUUGGACAUGCAGAUGAAGAGUGUUGAGAGGAGUACAGUGUUUCUCAGACAGGAACAUCUCACCCUACUGCAUGGCCUACACCUGGAGAUACUGUCCUUGCAGAAACGAUGCACCGAGUUGACAUCUGAGCUGAAUGUGAAGCCUCCAGGCAAGAGUGAACUGGACCUGGCGGAGGAGGAAGAGCAGCUGGAGGCCCGCUGUCUGGAGGUCGAAGAUCGCCUGGCCGAGCAGCAGUGCACCCUGGGAGAGCUGCGUAAAGAGCUGAUUCACAAGGGGGUGCUGGUAGGCGCGCUGCGGGCUAACCUCAAGGACAAGGAGCGCCGCUUCCUGGACGAGCUGAAGAGCCGCAGCCACCGCUCCACGGUGCUCAACACAGAGCUGCAGAAGCAGACCGAGGCGGCAGCCUACCUCUCCUUCCAGCUGCACGCCGCCCGCCAGAAACUGCACCACCAGAGACUGCAGCAGAGGCAGCAGGCCCUCAGGGAGAACCGGGAGAAUAGGGAUCAUCAUGGGAAACCCCCUGGGCUCCAGUACAGCCAAGCAGCUGAGUGGGACACGGCCACCUUUUCUCCAUUUUCUCCUCAGUCGCCCUCCGGUUUCUCCAAUGCCUCCAACGCCAGCUCCGCCAUAGCCUCCCCUGUGGUAAAGCCUAAACGCAGGGGCAGCAGGGCCACAUCAGGGCACCAGCUCCGGGCGGAGAGGGCCAGGGAGUGUGUCCCCCAGGAGAAGGUGAUGGGUCCCGCAGAGCCCACCGCCAUGCCUGACCCAGCGCUGUUCCUCCACCCUCACCGCAGGCACCACAGGUCCAGGGCCAGGCAUUCCCACUCCCCGGCCCACAGACAGCCUCCUCUGGUGGGGGAAAGAGGGGAGGAGGAGGGGGGUGGAGAGGGGCCAAUGGAGCCCCAGGAUGGAGCACCUCCUAGAAUGGCAGCCACGGCCACAGCGCCAACUGCUGGCUGGUCAGAUCAAGGCUGAAUAGCUAUCCCCACUGUGACCAUCCCUAGAAAUGCAUCAUCAUCACUAGCAUCAUCAUUACUAUCAUCAUAAUAAUUGUAAUCAUCAUCCCUAUGACCGUCUGAUUUUAUUAAUACUGUAAAUUGCCCCAUUAUCCUACACCUUGAUGGAAUUGAUUCUGAAAUGAAUAUAGCAUUGUUGAUUAUAAUCCUAUUAACUUGAAUGACUGGUAUUUAGAUGUAUUGCUAUAAUGGACACUUUUUAUAAUUAUAAAUUUUGACAUGACCUGAAUUAACUCAAACUUCCAGGUGUACGAACACCCAAAGGGGGUUGUUGUUACAAAUCACUUCACGUCAAUGUGUGGAAUCAUGUAGUUGAAUGCAUUUACACUGGCGUCGCUCUAUAUAACGUUAUUAUGGGGCCUUAUCCGAGUAUGGCGUCCUUUGUGGAGGUUAGUUUAACCUAUGGCCUGUAGCCUUAGACCACAGCACCUACUGUGUCGUUUUAGGGCCAACCAUAAAUCAACACUGGGUCGCCCUUGUAGAAAAAACGUGUCUGACCUCUGUUGCGCUGAGUCACAGUUGGGUAGCGUUUGAGCAUCUGCAUCUGUGUAUGUCCUUGCUGUGAACACGAUUGAUCUUCAGAUCUUCAUUGUUGGCCUUCACUGGCAAAGGUCCCACAGGUCCAAGAGGGGUAGUCAUGCCGUCCUAUCCCACUGAAUCUUUCUUUAUUCCAUUGGUCAUACAAUAGGUAGGCCUACAGCACACUAUAUAUGUUAUACAAUAAUUUAAAGUAACAUUAGUUCACUGGCCUGACACAAACAUCUUAGUGGGUUUCAAAUAAAAUAUGCCUCUGAACUUAAAAAAAACGAAAAACAUAUUAGAUCACAGGAUUACAAUCAUUCAAAUGUAUUCAUAAAGCCCUUUUUACAUCAGCCGAUGUCACAAAGUGCUACACAGAAACCCAGCCUAAAACCCCAAACAGCAAGCAAUGCAGAUGUAGAAGCACGGUGGCUAGGAAAAACUCCCUAGAAAGGCAGAAAACCUAGGAUGAAACCUGGAGAGGAAUCUGGCUCUGAGAGGUGGCCAGUCCUCUUCUGGCUGUGCCGGGUGGAGAUUAUAACAGUACAUGGCCAAGAUGUUCAAACGUUCAUAUAUGACCAGCAGGGUCAAAUAAUAAUGAUCACAGUGGUUGUAGAGGGUGCAACAGGUCAGCACCUCAGGAUUAAUAGCCGAUCAUUCAGAGUUAUAGACAGCAGGUGCCGUAGAGAGAGAGUCGAAAACAGCAGGGUAGCACGUUCGUUGAACAGGUCAGGGUUCGAUAGUCGCAGGCAGAACAGUUGAAAAUGGAGCAGCAACACGGCCAGGUGGACUGGGGACAGCAAGGAGUCAUCAGGCGAGGCAUUGUCCUAGGGCUCAGGUUCUCUGAGAGAAGAGAGAAAGAGAGAGAGAAAGAAAGAAAAGAGAGAGAAAGAAGAGAAAAAAUAGAGAGAUAAAAUUGAGAGAGCAGCUUGAAUUCACACAGGACACCGGAUAAGACAGGAAAAAUACUCCAGAUAUAACUGACUGACCCUAGCCCCCCGACACAAACUAUUGCAGCAUAAUUACUGGAGGCUGAGACAGGAGGGGUCGGGAGACACUGUGGCCCCGUCCAACGAUACCCCCAGACAGGGCCAACCACAGCCCCAAAACCACUAGGGGAAUAUCUUCAAACAUUGUUGAAGCUUUUGGAUGAGUUAAACUGGAGUUCCUGGGUAAAUAGGAAUAGGUUGUAAUCUAGCAGAUGCUUUGCAUAAACAGGACACUUUUGGGUGAUAAUAUAUUGGGACCAGUUUGGCCAGAUGUUUCUCUCAGGUUUUGUGAGGUGUUUGUAAUACCGUACACAGAGAAGAGUGUUUGAUUUGAUUUGAAUUCUUUGUGUUUUUAUGGCUGAUUUGAUUUCACUAUUGAUUUCACUAUUACUAGUCAAGCAAAAAGGGUUGUUAGGGCCUUCUGGCAGAUUUGUCUCAAGUCUCAGAGAGCUGAGAGGAGAAAAUGUUUCUUAAGUAAAAGGGUCAUAUUGGUUAUAUACACGGUAGAUUCCAAGUACAUGGUAGAUUCAUAGCUGUGGAGGCAGCAUCUGUUGAAAGUCAUUAUUUGACACAAUAGAAACAGCCAAUUACAUUUACAUUUAAGUCAUUUAGCAGAUGGUGUAGAGACAGAAUAGCACCCAAACAGAUUAAGAUGUGGGGUGUCAAUGGAUCUGAAGAUUUAGCCUAAUCUAUUUGACUUUUUAUGAGCUUUUAGUUGAUAAAAUUGGUGGAUUUUACAUUCAAUGUCAGAUUCUUACAUUUUGAAAACGUUUAUCUCGGGAGGUAAUAUAUCAUAACCCUUAUAUGAAUGUACAUAUACACACACAUAUAUAUAGUCUGAUUAUAACUAAAUAUAACAAGGAGGACAUAAAAAAAAUGUCAUUUAGCAAACACUUACUUAAGGAAGUGUAUAGGUUUUCAUACUGGUCCCCCGUGGGAAUCAAACCCACAACCGUAGCGUUAGCAGCACCGUUCUAUACCAACUGAACCACACAGGACAAGAGUCAUCUAUGGAUUAUUAUAUACAUGUAGUAAAAUGGAAUACUGUAAAAGGUAUUAGAAGGAUAUGUUCUAUUACAAUUGUUUAACUUAAUAUUUAAACUUAUUUAACUGAUUGUUUAUUAUAUCACAUAAUGUUAUAAAACUAUUGUUAUUUUCCGUAUUUAUCUGUCUAUAAGGCAUUUGGAGGAGGAAUUGUCAUGGAAUGCCUUUGAAUAAGUGAAGAUGGGUUGAAUUUAGUGCAGACAUUUAACGUUGUAAAAAACAACAAUGUAAGAAGAACCUGUCUCAUUACUGAAAAGUAACCGACUGAUAAAUUGCAGUUACCGUUGCUGGCAACAAUUGCUGUCAAGCCCCCUAAAAGAUGUCCCAUGUCCCAUAGGCACAACGUUCUUUCCGUGUAAAAAAAUGCAAGGAGGUUCUGCCAUGGUGCCCAGAUUAAUGGUCAAUGUAAUUUAACCCUUAGCCUGCAGGCAAGCAAUUUGUCAUGACUGUGCACUAUUUCCUCAGCUCCUGAGAACACAUUCCCUAUUUCAAUAUCAAAAUUACAGUAACAUGGCAAUCCUCAUUGAAUUUUUUUUUAUACAGCACAUGUGAUUCUUAGGGAACUAGAAGUUAGACUGUUAAGCUUUCGUGUAAAGCAAACAUCCUUGGAUGAUGUACUUGUGAUAUACCUGUGCUUAUAGUGGUGUAGGUACAGAUGUGGUCUGUGGCUAGAGCCAGCCAUGUCCAAAAUACUCUACAACUAAGCAAUAAGAACAGAGAAGACUGACACUUCAAAUCUUACACAUUUUGGACAUUGAAAUGUGUAAGAGUGACACGCUGAUACGAUAUUAUAUCACAGAUAAAUAACAAAUAAAAACACUAUCCCUUUA